AUGUAUUUGAUGUACUAUUUGAACCCCCAGGGCGAGCGUGUCUACACACUCAAGAAAACUGGUCCUUCUGGGUUCCCAACAAAGUCAGCACAUCCUGCUCGCUUCUCUCCUGAUGACAAGUUCUCCCGUCAACGCAUUACAAUCAAGAAGAGAUACAACAUCUUGUUGACCCAGCUUCCUGCCCGUGCUAUCUAA